GGAAGACUGCGAACGUUAGACCUAAGAUGAAGGCAGAAAAAGGAUCUUUAUCUUGGUCAACAGCUGCUCUUACAGCACCACUGCUCUUGAUCGUUGCAGUUCUGAUUCACUCAGGAUUUGUUCAGGGGGUGAACAUCACCAGAUUAGAGACUGUAAUCAGAGGGACAGUGGGUGGAGAAGCUCUACUCUCUGUCCGAUAUUCAAGCACCAGUCUGGAUCGUCCUGUAAUCAAAUGGCAGCUGAAGAGGGACAAACCCAUUACAGUGGUCCAGUCUAUUGGCACAGAGAUCAUCGGUAACCUGCGGCCAGAAUACAGAGACCGUAUCCUUGUGUUUGAGAAUGGCACACUGCUUGUUCAUAACCUCAGGCUGUCGGACGAGGGCACCUAUGAAGUGGAGAUCUCUAUCACCGAUGACACCUUCACAGGAGAGUGCAGCAUCGAGCUGACAGUUGAUGAGCCUAUCUCAAAGCCAUACGUCCACAUGGGCACAUCCACUGUUCUGGAAUUGACAGAGCAUUUCAUGCUAAACUGCACUCACGACACAGGCACCAAGACCACCUACAGCUGGACAAAAGGUGGCAAGCCAUUACUAAAUGAGACUCGCCUGCUCCUGUCCACUGAUCAGAAGGUCCUGAACAUCACGCGUGUUCAGAUGGUUGAUGACGAUGUCUACAUUUGCAUGGUGGCGAACCCUCUUGGUAGCACGAAAAGCCUGCCAGUCAAACUCACAGUUUACAAAAGGAGUUCCCUUUAUAUUAUACUGUCUAUAGUGGGCAUCUUUCUCCUUGUCACUCUCGUAACUGUGUGUGCUUGCUGGAAGCCAUCAAAAAACAGAUCAAAAAGAAAUAGAUCAAAAACUAUGAUACCAAGAUCCAUUCCACAAAACCACCACAUCAUAUAUCAAGACGUCAAGUCAGAAGAUGAUGUCAUCCCAAUAAUUACUGAUCAGGGGCGUAGGAAUCCUGUGUCACUCUUCAUCCUAAAAGAAAAGGAUUCUUCAACUGGUGAUCCAACCUCAGCAUUUGAAACGUGCACCUCCAAUGGCAGCAGCCCUCCCAGCUACAGCAUCUCAAUGCCUCCUCCAAUCGACGAGCCACCAGCGCGCUCCUCUCGCAGAUACCCUCGUACUCCCACUAAAUCGCCCCCUACACACCACCGCCGGAGGAAGGGACAGAGCCAGAGCCCACCAGCCCCCUCCCCGUCUCACAGCCGAGGUUCCAACCGUUCUUCUCCACCGCUUGUGCCCACUUCUCUGGCCAGGAAGCCUGAAGUCCCAUCCACACCUCCACAAGAAAGCAGAGGCUCUCCAAAAACAUAGAUACUGAUGUACUGACCAAGUCUGCUGAACCCACAUGCUGCAAAGAGACAUUGACCUGCACAAAUAAAUAUGCAUCGUAUGUAAAACUUUAAACACACAGUAGCCUAUAUAGUAUGGUCCAAAGCAAAACCUUUAGGUUUUUUUCUCUCUCACUCUUUGUUAAGACACUUUUAUUAAAAUGCACUUUGUGAAUGUUUAGUUUAUCUGUAGGGUAUCUUCCCAGUGAGAGAUGCCUGGGUUCUGAAUUGUGCACAUGAUGGCUUGACAAAGCAAAAUUUCAAAAUCCUUAACCCCUUUCUGACUCCUAGAGCUUUUAUGCUACAUGCACCAAAUUCUGAAACCAGCCAGAACACCCUAGCAACUGCUGAGAAACCAGGCAGAACACCCUAGCAACCGCAGAGAAACCUGUCAGAAAACCCUAGCAACUGCCUAACUAUACAGAACACCAUACCAACUGCUUAGCAGAACACUUUACAAUAGCAACUACCUAGCAACCAAUCAAAACACUAUUUCAGACCUGAACAGAAUGCCCUAGCAACUACCUAGCAACCACUUAAACUUUAAAGGCCUAUAUUCCUUUAAACCUCUUCAA